AUGGCGUCCCCCGGAUCCUCCACCACCAUCCGCACCAACCGCACCAACCUGUUCGCCGGCCACGACCCCGUCCUCAUCCGCGACCUCAACAUCCUCGGCCGGGUUCCCGUCGUCCUCGAUCAUCUCACCUCCACCUACUAUGCCUGGAAGAUGUACUUCUCCCUUGUGUUCUGUGAGUACAAUCUCUGGGAUCACGUUGAUGGCUCUGUGGAUUCUCGGUUCAUGGAGGACGAUGAGGAGUGGAUGACCAUCGACGCCACUCUCAUCCGUUGGUUCUACACCACCAUCUCGAAGGACCUUUUCCACACGGUGGUCUCUGCCGAGGAUGAUGCUCACGCCGUCUGGACCAAGCUCAACGGCCUCUUCACCGACAACGCGCUCCGGCGCAAGGUUUUCUUGCACAGCGAGUUUUUUGGGUGUCAGCAGCACGACACGUCCGUUGACGAUUAUUGCAUGCGCCUCAAGAAGCUCGUUGACGAGCUCUGUGACCUCGGUGAGAAGGUCUCCGACGAGCUUCUUCUCAGCAUGCUCAUCGCCGGCCUGAACGACGACUUCGGGAACGCCGCCUCCAACAUCCCCCUCAUCACCAACCUGACUUUUCCCAAGGUCGUGGCGUACCUGAAGCUGGAGGAAAGGAGGAUGCGGAUGUCGCGCACUCGGGCCACUCACACAGCCCUCACCGCCAGCACCCGCGAUGGCGCACCGCCCACCGCCCCGGCCCCUCAGCCACGGCCCGGUCCGGGCCCCUUCCAGGCGCCGCCCACGCCCGGGUUUCCCUACCCACAGCAGCAGCCGGCCCAACAGCCGGCACUUGCCGAGUGCCGCGGUGGCCGCCGUGGCCGCAAGCCACAGCAGCAGCAGUCGGCCGCCCAGGGCGGGCCCCCCCGCUUGCAGCAGCAGUUGCUCCCGCCGGCGCCCUGGCAGGCCGGCCUGAACCCCUGGACGGGGGUUGUUCACGCGUACUCCAUGCCUGUACCGCGCGCCCCCGUCCCCGGCUUCUUCGGCGCCCGCCUGGCUCCUCAUCAGGCGCUUCACGCGGCUCCUCAGCCGUACGCGCCUAUGCUGCCCUACGACCCCUCCGCGCCCUAUGGGUCGCCUUCGGCCGGCGGGUACCCCCCGCUCCUUGCGGUGCCUCCACCACAGCCGCAGCUGUCGGCUCCGGCACUUUCACCAGCGCCCUGGGACCCCGCGUGUUGGGGAACAUAG